UCAAAAAUCCUGGAAAUCAUGGCUUAUUUUACUCGGAAAAAAAGGUAUUCAAGCGUUUUCAAGGCCGUUAUUUAUCGUCAAAUCUAUGGAACUAAUGUGCAACAAGAUGUUCGUAUGGUUAGAACAAUGAUCGAGUCUAGCAGAAAAUUUGAAAAAGUCAGUGAAAUUGGCUCAAAGGCACCAAUUGUAUAUAUUGGUGAACGACUGUAUACCAACUACUACAGAACUUCCAUUGAUUUAACGCAUGUUAAAAGAAGGCCAAGGAUUGUCUACAAUGUACCAAAACACCCAUCGCACUCAGCAACGAAAUUUAAGACAGAAGAAAUGCUAGUUUACGAAUGUCCAGUCGACCAGGAGACAUUUUGCAAACUUCAAGGAACGUUCUACGUUCAUGGUCCGUAUUCCGUCGGGGUAACGGCAGACAAUUACUUGAAAGUUUUCGACUUCAACACUGGAGAAAGUUUGAAGCAAAUUUAUUUAUACCCAGGUCGAAAAUUCAAGUAUUUGCACUGGGAGACAGACCUUGAGAGGCUUGUGGUGCAGUCUACUCUAUUACCACAAGAAGGUAGUGCGCAUGUCACGCAGCGUACUCCACCGCAGUCGAACCCAGUCUUGUUAUACAUUGCUAUUUUUACCAUGACUCCACUAGAGUUCAUAUGCAUGCUACCAAUAUCUCAAAAGAUCUUUGGUAAGGGCAUUUGCAAUGCUGUGGUUCGUGAUGGUAUGCUAGUGGUAAUGUAUCAAAGGCAAAAACUCCAAUUUUUCAGUCUGGAAGAUAUCCUGAAGAACCAUACCAUGCCAUUGAAGGUGGGCGAUCAGAUACAACCUGGAAACAAUUUGUGUUUGCCUGAAAUAGAUGACCAAUUUGCUGGCGGUAUUGUUGGGAUGCUACCACUUGGGUUACCGGUUAAUGUUUCACUGUUUGAGAAACCACCUGUGCUACUUGAGGUGAAAAGCAGUGAUCAUGAAUUAAGUUUUGGUGGAUUUCCAUGGCAUUAUGUAUCAAACAUUAAUUAUGUAUUUCAAGUUCAUUCAGUCAAAGAUCAUACUUUAGCAGAGAAUGGUAUCCUCAACAUUGAUGAUGCCAUAUAUUUUGGUACAGAAAAGGCAUUUUUUCAUCCAGAUAUGAGUGGACGGAUAUUAUUCAUAGCACCGCCAUAUCUUCGAUGUAUAAAGUUAAGGCGUUUAAACUCCUAUGACAGAAACUCGGCAGUCAAAGUGGAAGAGCAGUUUACCCUUGACUAUCUCCCAGAGACCAAAACGUCCACCGUUGUCCAAACUAAAUCUGGGCGAAAAAUUAAGAAUUUGUUUAAGGGUGACCUGAAAUAUCUGGAGAUGGAAAUUGUUCAAGAUUUUGACUAUGAUGAUGAGCUUGAUCUGCUGGUGGUUCUUUACCUUAACUUAGCAAAGCAAGGAGAGGGUGUUGUUGGUUUCUAUGACAACCAAACAGGACGACACAUACAGGAAGUAGGUGUUGAAGAUAUUGAGGAGGAUUACGAGCACACAGUUGCAAUAAACAGAGAUGUAUUGAUUGUUUUGUCUCGAAAGAAACAAAACUUCAGAUGUUUAGUUUAUAUUCUGAAUACAACCUAAGUAUUCAUGAUGUUUUGUA